GUAAUUUCCUUCUUACUCGCGCAUCAUACUUAAUAUAAAUAUUCUAACUAUUGAAUAUUAUCUUUUACAACAAAUUUUCUAAUCUAAUUAGUUUUUUAUUUUUUAUAUAUAAAUAUCAUACAUAUUAUUUUUCAUUCAUUGAAUGUCGGAAGACAUUUCCACUUUGAAUUUUAAUCCGAUUUCAAUCGUCUUGCAAACGAACUUGCGAGAAAUGCGUUAUUCAUUUGUCAACAAUAAUAUAUUAAAGCAGCUGUUUUCAUUAUUUGGUAAUUACUAAUUAAUUGUAUUGAUAUCGAAGAAAGCUGUCACUUUACAGAAAUACAUUUAUCUCGAAAUGGAAAUAAAAAGCUCUUCUGAUACAAUUACGGAAAAUAAAAAUGUAAUAAUGAAUAUUACUUCCAUGUUUGAAAAUUUCCCAUGGACUGUUUUACAGCAAAGUUCAAAAGGCAUGAACAUUAUUAAAGCAAUAAAUCAACUAUUAAGUAUGUACCAUCCUGAUGAUGGCAUUAUUGCAUAUGAACGUGUAUUAAGAGCUUUAUUUAUUUUAUCUGAAAAUUUGGAUAGUGAUAUACAGCAAAAGAUAAUUUCUAUGGUACCAUUACCAAAAGGUGUAUCAAAUGACAAAAUAAAAAAUCUGAUAUGUAAGAUUGCUGAAUUGAUUAAAGCAACUAAUAGCAAGUUCUUAUACCAGAAAAUUCUCAUGACACCUGAAGAAUCUCAAAUGAGAACAUUAAAUGAAAACUCAGAACUUCAUUUAAACCAUAAUAUUUUAAUUGAUACACCUCAAAAUCUUGAAUUACAUGAGAAGUUUGUAUCUUCAAUACCUGAAGUAUUCAAAGGUUUUCCUCCUAAUGAAAUUUCAACAAUACAUAGUCAUAUGAAUUAUAUGUAUAAUACAUUGAACUAUAAUAUUCCUUAUAUGAAACCUCAUGUUAAUAACAAACAAAACCUUUCAUUAAAUAGUGAUGAACAAGAAGAAUUAUUAAAACUUCAAUCAAACUUAAAAUGGUUCCAUGCUCCUCAUUUUUUGUAUAAUAAUAAUUUUUAUCAAAAUUCUACUUCCAGUUACCAAGAUUUUUCUAAAUCAGUCGAUGAUAAAUACUUUCAGUUAUCUAUUAAUAGAUUCAAUAACUGGAAUCAAUGUAAUGUAGCUAAUAUGCCUCAACCACUACAUGAGGACACUGCAUACUUAAAAAAAUUAUAUAAGAGUGACAUAAUUUCUAACAAACAGAAUAAAAAUGAGAUUUUAAAUUUGAAAGUAACAUAUGAUGAUAGAUUUGUAAAAACGGAAACAGAUUGUAAAAAUAGAACCGAUUUAUAUGAUAAUAAUGUAAAUAAAAAUUCUAAAAAAUAUAGUAAUUUAGACAGAAAUAAAAUUUUUAAUAUGGAGAAACAAAAACAUUUUAAACAAGAAUUGAAACAUGAACAAGCAAUUCAACAAGACAUAUAUAAAAUGGAUGUUGUACAUUGCGAAGAAGAAAAGAAAGAUACAAUAAUAGAUAUACAGAUAUUAGAAGAAGAUAAUAACUUUUUAAUGGAUAAUUUCAUGGUGCGUAAGAAGCUUAAAACGAGCUUACAAAAUUUUUUGAAACGUAUAGAACAGGAGACUUUAAUCAAGUUCCCAACAUUGCCUCGGACAAAGCCUUUAUACAUAGUUUCUCCAACAUCCAAAUGUUGCAAGAUUGUAAAUCAAAGAAACCUGGAAAAGAAUAAUCAAUUAGAUAUUUCGAGUAAUAACAUAAAUAGUACUAUUACACUAGAGGAUAUAGAAUGUACUGAAAAAAAUCCUCAGCAGCGCUUCACACAUAUCCAAAACCAACUCAAACACACUGCGACACAAUCGACAGGAUUGUCAAAUAUAUAUAACAUUCCAUAUACUUGGAUGAGGUACAAUUGGAAACAACCAACCAUGAAACAAUUGAGACUUUCACAACAGUUUCCAUUUCAAGCUCCAAAGAAAAAAAAUAAAGGGAAUUCUGUGCUGCAUUAUGUAAAGACAAUGGAUAUUCAAUGUUUCACUCAAGAUAAAAGUAAACAAAUGAAGCAGAGUGUACAACGUAAAAAAUUAGAAGAUAUAGUUGGAAAAUUAAAAGAGAUAGAAUUCAAUAACAUGAACAAUUAAAAGAACUAUUAUUCUGUAAGGUCAGUAUUAAAUAAACUCUUUGCAUAUUUAAUGAGGUAAAUAAUUAUAGAAAGAAAUCAGAACAUAAUAGCAUACGUGCAAAGAGAUUUCAUAAAGUUAUAUGUAUUAAAGGAAAGUUCCUUUAACGAUAUAAGUAAUAUAAUAAAAUAUUAAUGGAGACUGUUAAAUCAAUAUCAAAGAAUACAUAUCAAAUAAAAUUUUUCAUUCUUUCAUUUAUCUUGCACCAGUUUCAACAAUUAAUGGAACAUUGACACGUUUAUAUGUGUACAUGUAUUUAUACAUAUAUGUAUAUUUACAUACAUGCAUAUACAUAUACAUAUUCUAUAAUCUUUUGGCACUGGCAAAAGAUAAUAAUUGAGUGUUAGAUUAUUAAUCGCCGCGGAUAUUAUUUAAUAAUUUCGUUUGUAUUUCGGACGAUUGCGUAACAAUUUUCUUUGUUUAAUUGCAUAUUUAUAUCUUGUUGUCGUCAAUCGAACCUUAAUACUUAUACAUAGUAACUAAUAAAUGUACAUGUAUUCUUCAGGAUAACAUAAAACGGAGUUACUAUUAAUUACUAACAUUUCAUAGUAUAUUUUAUAAUUAACAUAUAACAUACGACUUUUGUAUAGUCUGUACUAUACAAUAAUCAUGUCAUUAUUUCUAAAUGUACAAAAUAAUUUUUAAAAGAAUAAACGGUAAUAACUUAGGUCUUA